CCUGACUCCUUGGGGCCCCGUGGGCCGGCAUUCGGCGUCGGGUAUCGGUUGUAUAACAGCUGUGUCCUAGUUAUCUCUUUGUGAGGCGAGGAUCCCUCCAUUGGCCAGCCGUUUUAAGGUGUCGUGAGAUCUCGGGCGAAGAACCCCACUGGCACAGCCCAAACCGAAGCCCCCCAAGGAAGGGAGAAGCAUUGCUGGCCUGACAUCAGCUCCUCUAAAAUAAGGAUCCCCGCCCCCCUUCUGUGUUACCAGGGUGGAGCUAGUAGAAGACAAAUCCUCCUGUACGUGUUAAUUUAGAGCAGAAACAGUCUUGGAUAAAUACCGUGCCGCCUUUUAAGGGCACCGUGCGCCUCUGUUAAGAGGAGUUCUUUGUUCUUUGAUGUGUGGCGUAUUAGUGAAAGUCUUCAGCACGUCGGCGAAAGUGAUUUAAAUCCACCACCCAACUAUAGUUGAAUCUACAGUCUACCCAGGGAUUUGUACCCAGGGUCAACUUGAAAUCACGCUGGGAGGGACUGAUUGCAGAACCUUGUUGACAAGCUACAUAAAUCCAAAGCCUCACGGCAUGCAGGAUCUUAGUUCCCUGACCAGGGAUCGAACCUGUGCCCCCUGCAAUGGAAGUACAGAGUCCUAACCACUGGACCACCAGGGAAUUCCGUGAAGUCCUUCUACAUGAAAAUUUUCUCUUUUAACCUAAAACAUUGUGUGAUGUGAUCCUUAUGGUCCAGGAAAGAAAGAUACCUGCUCAUCGUGUUGUCCUUGCUGCAGCGAGUCAUUUUUUUAACUUAAUGUUCACAACUAACAUGCUUGAAUCAAAGUCCUUUGAAGUGGAACUCAAAGAUGCUGAACCGGACAUUAUUGAACAACUUGUGGAAUUCGCUUAUACCGCUAGAAUUUCUGUGAAUAGCAACAAUGUUCAGUCUUUGUUAGAUGCAGCAAACCAGUACCAGAUUGAACCUGUGAAGAAAAUGUGUGUUGAUUUUUUGAAAGAACAAGUUGAUGCUUCAAAUUGUCUUGGUAUAAGUGUGCUAGCAGAGUGUCUAGACUGUCCUGAAUUGAAAGCAACCGCAGAUGACUUUAUUCAUCAGCAUUUUACUGAAGUUUAUAAAACUGAUGAAUUUCUACAACUUGAUGUCAAGCGAGUUACACAUCUCCUCAACCAGGACACUCUGACUGUGAGGGCAGAGGAUCAGGUUUAUGAUGCUGCAGUCAGGUGGUUGAAAUAUGAUGAACCUAACCGCCAGCCAUUUAUGGUUGACAUCCUUGCUAAAGUCAGGUUUCCUCUUAUAUCAAAGAAUUUCUUAAGUAAAACAGUACAAGCUGAACCACUUAUUCAAGACAAUCCUGAAUGCCUUAAGAUGGUGAUAAGUGGAAUGAGGUAUCAUCUCCUGUCUCCAGAGGAUCGAGAAGAACUGGUAGAAGGCACAAGGCCCAGAAGAAAGAAACAUGACUACCGCAUAGCGCUAUUUGGAGGCUCUCAACCACAGUCUUGUAGAUAUUUUAACCCAAAGGAUUAUAGCUGGACAGACAUCCGUUGCCCCUUUGAAAAACGAAGAGAUGCAGCAUGCGUGUUUUGGGACAAUGUAGUUUACAUUUUGGGUGGCUCUCAGCUUUUCCCCAUAAAACGAAUGGACUGCUAUAAUGUCGUUAAAGAUAGCUGGUAUUCCAAACUGGGCCCUCCAACACCUCGAGACAGCCUUGCUGCCUGCGCUGCAGAAGGCAAAAUUUAUACAUCUGGAGGUUCCGAAGUUGGAAACUCGGCUCUGUAUUUAUUUGAGUGCUAUGAUACAAGAACUGAAAGCUGGCACACAAAGCCCAGCAUGCUGACUCAGCGCUGCAGUCAUGGGAUGGUGGAAGCCAACGGCCUCAUCUAUGUUUGCGGUGGAAGUUUAGGGAACAAUGUUUCUGGGAGAGUACUGAAUUCCUGUGAAGUCUAUGAUCCUGCCACAGAAACAUGGACUGAGCUGUGUCCAAUGAUUGAAGCCAGGAAGAAUCAUGGACUGGUAUUUGUAAAAGACAAGAUAUUUGCUGUGGGUGGUCAGAAUGGCUUAGGUGGUCUGGACAAUGUGGAAUAUUACGAUAUUAAAUUAAAUGAAUGGAAGAUGGUCUCACCAAUGCCAUGGAAGGGUGUAACAGUCAAGUGUGCAGCAGUCGGCUCUGUAGUUUAUGUCUUGGCUGGUUUUCAAGGUGUGGGUCGAUUAGGACACAUCCUUGAAUAUAACACUGAAACAGACAAAUGGAUCGCCAACUCCAAAGUCCGAGCUUUUCCAGUAACAAGUUGUUUAAUUUGUGUUGUUGAUACUUGUGGAGCAAAUGAAGAAACCCUUGAAACAUGAAAAAUGAGUGAACUUCAAGACUCACUGGAGACUCAAAAGUAUGGCCACCAGUGCUUUGUUCCAAGAGUUUGGUUACAAAGUUUUAGUUUGGUGUUUUGUUUUUUUCAAGGAAGUUUCAAGUAAAGUAAGAUUCCUAUAAAAUAGAUUUUCUUUUUUAUGGGAUUUCUUACUUCAUUCAAAGACCAUAUUUCAGCUGGCCACAUAACCAAGAACAUAUCUAGCAAGAAAACUUGUAAAGUUAUAAGCACUUGGUGAAAGUAUGAAUUCUUAAAUGAAUUUCACAUUUGUAACUAUGAUUAUGGCAGAAUGGGGGAUUGACUCACCAUAGAAGCAACCUCAUCUUAGCUCUAGAUUUUAUUUUCAUACAUCAUAGAAGUGCUAUGUAGUUAGGUCUGUUUGUUUCUGUUCAGUCAAGAACUAAGAAAUAGUAUGAAUUGUAAGUCAAAGAUAGGCAGUUCUGAUGGAGCAGCUUAGUCUCACGUAGUUUUGCUUGUCUUCAUUUGUUCCAUUUAGUGCCAAAGGUAUUGCAUUUUAAAAGCAAGCCAGAGUGAGUCAAAGCUUACACUUAUAUCUCACAAAACUUCAUAAACACAUUUUGAGAGUUACAAAUGUACCCAACUCCUCAUGAAAUAUAUUCUAUCCAAUUAAAUAAUUCCAUCUUUUUAACACAAAAUGUCAAGACUAGCACCCAUCACUAAUUUAUAUCACUUUUUUUCCCAGGAGUUAAUAAAGGAUUAUGCCUCUUCAGUGCUCACUCUGUUAAAUAAAAUCCAAUCAUUAUAAGAAUUAUUACCUAGCAAAAGAAAGCUACUUAUAGCAAAUUUCUAGGUCACUAGAAUAGCACACUGAUAGUUAUACAUUUUGAACUUCUUACAGAUUAGAAAGGUACAUGAUUUCCUUAGCAGAGCACAUCAUUGAUAUUUGACCCAGUUGUCUCUAAAAGUUUUUUAGUUCAGUUAAAUAUUUGUCAUCUUGUAUUAAUUGCUUAUAUGUGGUCAGUAAAUCUUUUACAAACCCAGCUAUUCAUUUCUUUCCUAGUAAUGUUUUGCCCUUUUACAUUAUGAAAUGUAUGGAGUGAGCCAUGUAAAGCUGUCACCAUCCAUGUUUUUACCUGGUAAUAUUAAAUAUUUUUAAACUUCAA